ACAUUCUACGAUUAAACUGUAACAAGCUCACUACCAAGCGGCCGGCACUGACCCCUAUCAACUAGACAGAGUAGUAUAAGCGAGCUGCGUGCAGUGGUAGCAGCAAGCUGCAGGCUGCAGCUGUAUAGCUAGCCGGCCGGCCCCGGGCGGCAAGACCACGGAGCAGCAAGAACAGAGAGCGGAGAACGGCAGCCAUGGCGCUGGCGCCGCCCCGCUCCGUCGAGCUGCCCGUCGCCGACCCGGACAGGGCCCGGUUGCAUCAGCUUGGAUACAAGCAGGAGCUCAAGCGCGGCCUCUCUGUGGUCUCGAACUUCGCCUUCUCCUUCGCCAUCAUCUCCGUGCUGACGGGCGUGACGACGACCUACAACACGGGCCUCCGCUACGGCGGGCCGGCGUCCAUGACGCUGGGCUGGCUCGUCGUGGCGACCUUCAACGGCUGCGUGGCGCUGUCCAUGGCGGAGAUCUGCUCGGCGUACCCGACCUCCGGCGGCCUCUACUACUGGAGCGCCAAGCUCGCCGGCAAGAACUGGGCCUCGCUGGCUUCCUGGGUCACCGGAUGGUUCAACAUCGUGGGACAGUGGGCAGGUACGACGAGCAUAGACUUCUCGCUGGCGCAGCUUGUCCAGGUGAUCAUCCUGCUGGGCACCGGGGGAGCCAACGGCGGUGGCUACAUGGCCUCCAAGUACGUCCUGCUCGCCAUCUACGGCGUCAUCCUCAUCCUUCACGGCCUCAUCAACUGCCUCCCCAUCCACUGGCUCUCAUGGUUUGGUCAUCUUGGAGUCUUCUGGAAUACAGCAGGUGUCUUUGUCCUGGUGAUCUUGGUUCCAGCGGUCGCCAAGGAGCGAGCGAGCGUGGGGUUCAUCUUCACCCACUUCAACACGGACAACGGCAUGGGAAUCCACGACAAGGCAUACAUUCUCUUCGUCGGCUUGCUCAUGAGCCAGUACUCCCUCCUCGGCUACGACACAUCUGCUCACAUGUCAGAGGAAACGAAGGGCGCGGACCGGAGCGGGUCGAUCGGGAUCGUGACCUCGGUUGCCCUGGCGUCCAUGUUUGGAUGGAUCUACCUGGUGGCCUUGACGUCGCUGAUGACAGACAUCCCCUACCUCCUGAGCCCCAGCAACGACGCCGGCGGGUACGCCGUCGCGCAGGCUCUCUACACCGCCUUCCACGGGAGGUACGGCAGCGGCGCCGGGGCGGUCGCGUGCCUGGCGGUCAUCGCCGUCGCCGUCUUCCUCUGCGGCAUCGCAUGUGUCACCACCAACUCAAGGAUGGGCUACGCCUUCUCCAGGGACGGAGCCAUGCCGUUCUCGCGUGUAUGGUACCGGCUCAACAGCCAGGAGGUGCCCAUCAACGUCGUCUGCCUUUCUGUCACGGUUGCAUUCAUCAUGUCCCUCACGUCACUUGGGAGCCAGGUGGCGUUCCAGGCGAUGGUGUCCGUGGCGACGACCGGGCUAUACAUCGCGUACGCGCUGCCCAUCUUCUUCCGCGUCACGACGGCCAGGAAAUCCUUCGUCCCGGGGCCGUUCCACCUCGGGAGGUACGGGCUCGCCGUCGGCUGGGUCGCCGUCGCCUGGGUGGCGCUCGUCACCGUGCUCUUCUGCCUGCCGGUGGCGUACCCCGUCGCGGAGGACAACCUCAACUACACGCCGGUCGCCGUCGGCGGCGUGCUGGUCCUCAGCGUGGGCACGUGGCUGCUCCACGCACGGUUCUGGUUUGAAGGCCCCGUCAUCAACGUCGACGCGUAGUGAAGGUUAAUUGAGGCGGAAUAGUUGUGUCUUGUGUGUAUCUAGUCUAGUGAAAUAGUAGUAUAGUUUUGGGAAAAUAUAUAUACAGUACAAACUGCGAUGUGAUAUGUUUUCGAUGUAUGCGGCCUUGUUUA